UCAGCUUUGUGUCCCGCUGCUUCGGCUGCCGCCGUCAUGGUGCGGAAGCUUAAGUUCCACGAGCAGAAGCUGCUGAAGCAAGUGGACUUCCUCAAUUGGGAGGUCACUGACCACAACUUGCACGAGCUGCGCGUGCUGCGGCGAUAUCGGCUGCAGCGGCGGGAGGACUACACGCGCUACAAUCAGCUGAGCCGUGCCGUGCGCGAGCUGGCGCGGCGCUUGCGCGACCUGCCCGAGCGCGACCCGUUCCGCGUGCGCGCGACGGCCGCGCUGCUGGACAAACUGUAUGCUCUCGGCCUGGUGCCCACUCGUGGCUCGCUGGAACUCUGCGACUUCGUCACGGCCUCGUCUUUCUGCCGGCGCCGCCUGCCAACCGUGCUCCUCAAGCUGCGCAUGGCACAGCACCUCCAGGCUGCCGUGGCCUUCGUGGAGCAGGGCCACGUGCGCGUGGGUCCCGACGUGGUGACUGACCCCGCGUUCCUCGUCACGCGCAGCAUGGAGGACUUUGUCACCUGGGUUGACUCGUCCAAGAUCAAGCGGCACGUGCUGGAGUACAAUGAGGAGCGCGAUGACUUCGAUCUGGAAGCCUAGCUGGUCUCCCUCUCUCCAAGACAGCCUUUUGCGGAUGGGAAAACAGGCCUGAUGCUGAAGAUUCUGAGGAUGCUCUUGUCAAGGGCGUGUCUGCAGGUCGUGGGUUCUUGAGAACUUGGCUCCUAAACUGCAGGCCACACAUAGAGCCGGGGGGACGGGGGUUGCGUCUCUGUUUUCCAGGAAAUUGUCUUAAAACCUGGACUACUGAGAAUUAAAAAGACUGUCCAUUAGGAAGACAGUGGGUAGCAGUUUUGUGCUGCACUGGGGAAUUGUUAGGUUCUUGUGCCCAAAACAUUGUAGUGUAAAAGCAAGAACUUUGCCUCCCCGCCCCCACUCCCCCCCACCCCCCACCAUUCUCUUUAUCAUCUUGUAGCAAGACUGGUUCAAUUUAUUUAACUAGAAUGUUUGUUCCUGGUCGUGAUUUAGCUUUGUACAGAUGUAGGAGAGUUCGGGCUCAAGUUUUCGUGAGUGAGACUUCAGUAUUCACGGUUCCCUCCAAAGUUUAAAGAAAUGCAUUUCUAAUGCCAAUAAAUGGUGCAGCUACACUGUGAGUA